AUGUCAUGUGGGACAAAAGAGGCUCUUGUCUUUAGCUUAGGUCUUCUUACUGGCACAGGCACGACACUAACUGGCAAAAUUCUAUACGGUGUUGAUUCCAUAGGACUUGAUGGUCAAAUUAAGAAAUUUGAAAAACCUAUUUUUCAAACAUGGCUCAUGUUUCUAGCCAUGGUCUUUGCUUUGCCCAUACAUUGGGCCUAUCAUUAUCAUGUCGAGCGACAUUGGCGUCGUACUCAUCGCAAUGGAAUCAAAUAUCAUUAUCGAAUUCCACGCAAUAUUUACUUUUUGCUGGUAUUUCCAGCAGCCUUUGACCUCUUAGCAACGUUUGUUGCAAAUAUUGGACUUCUCUACGUCACUGUCAGUGUUUUUCAAUUGAUGAAAUCCACUGUUAUUGUAUUUGUAGCAUUGCUCAAGGUUUUUGUGCUGAAAGAUCGACUUCGAGGCUAUAUGUGGAUUGGUAUUGGUUUUAAUAUGGUGGCAGCAUUAAUGGUCGGUGCAACGAGUCUUGUCGAUGCAGAUACACAGAAAAACAAUGCUGAAAAGCAACAUCCAGCAUUUGGUGUGUUAAUGGUCGUACUGAGCUGUGCGAUUCAAGCUGUGCAAUAUGUUUUUGAAGAAAAACUCAUGGAUGAAGGCGAUAGCGCACCUCCUUUAGUUGUCGUAGGCAUGGAAGGUGUCUGGGGCUUGUUCCUGACCUCGUUCAUUAUUUACCCAGUUGCUUAUUUCGUUCCAGGCAGUGACUUGGGCUCGAAUGAGAGAUUUGACGAUGCGUACGAGAUGCUCAUGAAUAGUGGACUGGCUCAAGUGGUCGUCGUUGUUUACUUAUUGGUGAUUCUAGGAUACAAUGUGCUUGCCGUGUCCGUGACGUAUUUGCUGAACUCAAUUUGGCACGCAAUUCUAGACAAUUUCCGUCCGAUCACAGUCUGGGGGGCAGAUUUGAUGCUAUUCUACUUCUUCACGCAAGGUCACUUUGGUGAACAAUGGACGAUCUGGAGCUGGCUCCAGCUUGCUGGUAUGGCCACGUUAUUGGCAGGCACGGCAGUUUACAAUGGCACACUACGCCUGCCCGGAUUCAUAUAUCUCGAGCCGUUGGAAGAAGCUGUGGCUCCAAUUCGUACACCAGAAGCUCUUACUGCGUCUGCAUUCUCACGUUCGCCUUUGAUCAGUCGCAAUGCCAUGAAGGCCGCGGAAAUUGCACGUCGGACACCAAAUGCCAACGAUCGCGAUCGUGUACGGCGUGAGUUUAUGACGGAGUACCAGCCAUUAGCAGACGCGGAAACUCGACGACGUCUUGAUCCUGCUGGACACAUGUAUGGAUCACUCGAAACUUGA